UUCUUCCUCAUUCAGUCGAGUUGAAUUUUGUCUUCCUCAAUCAGUCCAAAAGAAUCUUUAGGACCAUACAGAUUUGCAAAAUGUGGCUUUAUCAACUUGUGUUUGUAUUUAUACUGCUCUUCGGGACAGUGAAGGGUAUUGUUUAUCUGGGAUGUUAUAGAGAUUUGGUGACCAAAAACAACCGUGUAUUCCCGACUAGGCUGCAAUACUCUAACUCAAACACACCAGAGGAGUGUGCAAGUCGUUGCAGUCAAUACAGAUAUGCUGGCGUGGAGUUCGAGGACGAAUGCUUCUGUGGUGAUAUGCUGAUUGCAUCGCAAAGGCCAGAAUCGGAGUGUAAUGAUAAGUGUCCUGGAGACAAAAGCAAGAUAUGCGGAGAUGGGAAUAGGAUUAGCGUGUAUACCAAUUGGGUUUGUGGACACCCUCCCCAAAUUGCAAACGGAUAUGCUAGGGUACGAGGAAAUGUCCCAGUUAUAUACGGUUCAAUCGCUGAUGUUUACUGUAACACGGUUUUCAAACAAACAAUCACUUGCCUUUCAAACAAGUCAUGGGAAAAGGCGACCUGCGAACAAACAGGAACUAAAACUGUUUCAUCAAUGAGUACUACACGUGUAACUACAACUAAUACGUCGACACAUGAUGGUUCCACAACUGAUAGUUAUACUACUAAACUGUAUUCCGUUGAAGCUAAUCCAGGUGGAUCUACUAAGCUGUUUUCCGUCGAAACUAAUGCAAAAGGAUCUCAUCAUCAAGAUGUAGGUGUAGGUAUCGGUGUUGCAGUUGGAUUAUUGUGUGCAGUCGGAGCAGUAGUUGUCGUCAUUGUACUAAGGAGAAGGAAAGAAUAUCCCUGUUCGAAUACUGCAUCGACUUCCAAUAUUGAAAAUCACUCGGUUGAAAUUGGACCAGAUCAAUAUUAUGAAGAAAUUGUUGACACAAAUGAAAGCAAUACAAACUACAGCGAACCGGACAAAAAUAUAUGUUCUGCGAACGACAAUGCUUGCCAUUACGAAUGGGCUCAGGAUAAUGAAAGUGAAACAAAUGCCAACUGCAAUUCAGAAUAAUCUUAAAACAUGUUUUAUAAGAAACUGUAAAAAAAUGACUACUUGAAUGAAAAGUAAAAGUCUAAAAGCAACGACAUUUUUUUCGUAUGAUUCACAUUAAUGAUAGAAAGGUAUAAACAGUAAUAAAUUGCUCUAUAAUAAAUAAUGCUGUAAAUAAGGAUUGUGCGUUUGAAAUCUUGUUUAUACUGAAGGAAUUAUAAAUCGCUCUUGUAAUCAAAUGAGUGUGCCUAACUUUGCUCAUUGGGUCAUUGUCGACUUGGAAUGGCUUGAAGUCACCCGGGGGUGACUAGAAGCCGAUUCUUGUCACCCUAGGGUGACUUCAAGCCGAUUCAUGUCACCCUGGGGUGACUUCAAGCUGACCGGCUGUCUAGAAUCGGCUUGAAGUCACCAUAAUGUGACAUGAAUCGGCUUCUAGUCACCUCCCGGUGACUUCAAGCCAUUUCAGGUCGACAAUGACCCAAUGAGCCCUAGCUUUGUAGCACCUGUUUCUUCCAAAACACUAAUGUAUGCAUGCAUAUAGUUUUACAAAAGCAAGUUCAUGAAAUGAUUCCGUUUACUUAAUUGGAAAUACGAUGCUCAAUUGAAUGUUACUAUAAUUUGCAAUCUCACCAAACUAGUUUUAAAUAUAUUGUAAAUAUAAAUUGAUGCACGACAUGAGUAAAGAUGAAACAAUUCGAAAAACUCCUUUGUGAUUAAUUAUAGUAUAUCAGUUAUUUAUCAAUUAGAAAAACAGAGUAAAACUCUACAACCGGAAAAUUAUAUGAUAAACAGAUAUAAUCAAAUUAAUACGAAUUCGGUAAAAAUGUCCACCACGUUUCAGUUGUUUAAUUAUAUUAAACUCGAUUGUGUUUAGGUAAUUAUGUCUCGCAAUAUUUGUGAAUACGAUGUAGAUGACAGAGCCAUAUCUAUGUGCUUUUGCUAACAGAAGCAAAUUUUUUUUUUCUUUGGUGGCGUAUAUUUAACACAAAUUUAGACAAUUAUCAAUUCAGCGUAACAUAUGUUGUUUUAAGAUCAGCAUCUUUCCAAACAAUAACAGUUUAUCAGUUCGUUUUUAUUACCACUAUCAUUUUUACAUACAUUUGCAAACUGUAAAUAUCGCAAAACAAUUUAAAGAUACUUGUCCUGUGGUGUACAUAUCGAUCAAUAGAGGUGUUAAUACUGAUUAUAAUUACUGAUAACAAACAAAGAGUUCUUUAGUGUGUUUUGUUUUUGAUGUAGGAAGCCAUUCAGGCUAUGAUAAACAAGGUGGAGAAAACUAUUAUGCGUGGUAGAUGUUUGAAAACACAGGUCGUUCUUGACAUGUUUUUCAGUGUAAAAAGGAACUAAAUUAAACUAACAAAUGUAUACAUAUACCAUUGUUUGUUUUUCAGGGUGCACUGUUUGAUUUAUGUUGUGCUUUCGAAACAACAGAUUAAGUGACAUGUAUUGUUAUAGUGUGAUAAAGUAUGAAUGAAUGUUAUAUAUUAAUAAACUAUUACAAUUCGC